AGAGAAACAGGACAAUGAGAAGUUAGAUACGAACUUCAGCCACAGAGCACAACAACAAGGAGAACAUUAAGACCAUCAUACAAGCAAAAGACAAUGAACAGCAAAGUUACUCUCGCCGUCUUGACUCUCUUUGCACUUUAUGUGGCUUCCACCCAAGCUGCAUCUCUCAGACACGCAGGAGUGAGCUUGCGCUGUCAAUGCAUUAAUACAAUUUCCAAAUUCAUCCAUCCAAAACACAUGGAGAAUGUUGAAAUUAUUCCAAGUGGCCCACACUGUUCAAAUGUUGAAAUCAUUGCAAUUCUUAAAAAUGGUUCUCCAGUGUGUCUGAAUCCUGAAGCCAUUUGGGUGAAGAAGAUCAUUGAGCUGAUGACCAAACAUUCCAAGACUGAUGACGCUCAGUAGGAGGACCUCAAUGGCUGAGUGCCAAGAAGGUGACACCCGUUCACAAUGAGACUCUGUACUAACUCCGACAUUUACAGAUUUUUAACCAUCAUGUUCAAGCCUGUCGUAAACUUGUAACAUCGCGGGACUGUCUGACUGAUGUAAAGCAAUGUAUUUACAAUCAAUCACAAAGUGGAAGAGGCCACUCUGCCCAUCUCGCUCAGUAUUCCAUAGAAAACUAUGACAACCUCCCACAACUGUUAAGACUUUUUUGUUUGUAUUUAUCUUUUUAUUAAUUUAUUUGACAGUUUUAUCACUUAAGAAUUGAAUGAGGCACUUAAAAUUUCUGUGCAAGGUCUGUAGACGUCACAAAGGAAUUCAAUAUUCUUUAAAAAAAACAAUUUUAUCUCCAAGGGUUCUGCAAAUUUACUGUCUAAGUUUCUGACAAGAGAAUGUGAUAACCCCCAUUGGAAUUCAAGGCCUCGAUCUUCUCUUCAUUGAGAUUUCAUUCAUCUAUACCAUCGUGCCAAGAGACUAGACAUGGGGCAAAAUUUUUCGCGAGGUAGGCAGGUGCGCACCUGACCCAACCGAGCAUAAAAUGACGUGUGACCUUUCUGUCAGCGGGCACAUGUCGGAGUUGGCAGCACGCCCACCAUCAAUUAAAAGGCCUGUUAAGGCCAUUAAAAAGUUCAUUGAAAUAAAUUUUUCGCCAAGCGGCCAUAGCACAUUUUUGCAAACCUCAUCCACGGAUGGGAUGAGCUUUCCAAAAGCAAAUAAAAAUAAAAUAAAAACUUUAAUUUUUCAUUCAUACUAUGUCCCUGCUCAGGUAACCGAGUCAUAUGAGGGGACAUGUUUCAUUACAUUUACCAUUACAUUUCUAUUAUACCCUUAAUUGGCCGGCCAGCGUGAAAUGGUUUCUGGGCCUGAUCGUGGGUGUGGUCGGCUUCCCAAACACCCCCACCUGCCCCCGCCCCAAGCCCGCACACCAAGGGCAAAAUUCUGCCAAUGCAGUUAAAUUACUGGACAGUGUAGACGGUACAACUUUGAUCCUGUUUUCAUAUUGCUAUACACUUGCUGCCAGAUUAACGUGUCAGAGUGUAGUUACUCACUGGAAAUGAAGCUCACAAUUUUGACAUGGCAUUUUGUCAGUAUUGUAAUUUUGAUUUUUAUUGUAAUGUAUUUGAGUUGCAAUUUAUUUAUUCUCAUUGAUAUUUAUGCUGUCCUAAAAAUGUUUAAUUCCCUAUGUAUUUAUGUUUUGCCAUGAAAGCAUUUGGUAAAUUUGUUAACACGAAAAUCUUUGUAUGAGGAAAUAAUCUGUAACUUAUAUUUAUUGUAAAUUGAUAAGACAUUUUUAUUUAAAUAAAGCAAGUAUUAUCUUCUA